AAAUGAGGAAAUAGGUAGGCUACAUAACUUCAGCUGUCACUUUAAUGCAAAGCAGGUUUAUUUAAAUUCCAUUCCAGAUCACUGAACAGGAUGCAAAACUGAAAGAUUAGUAGGAUAGGCAAGACUUUGAGACGACCAACAAAAAUAUUCGCGAAUAAUGCUUUGUGAAAGAAAAAGAAGUGAUAUUACUUUAUAUCCGCUGAAGUUGUGGAAAUACAACCUGUACAGGAUCUGAGUCUUGAAGAGUCUUGAACUACAGUCGCCUUGUCUCUCAGGUUUCUACAGAUUGCCUCCAGACUGUUUACUGUUUAUGGCACACAUCAGACCACGCAACUAACAUCACAGCAUUGGAAGCGUCUGAAGAUUGUGCUCAAAACAAUACCAAUGAUAUGUGAGACAUGUUUGCUCAGUGCUCACAUUAACUGACCAGACUUGGAUCUACACUGUGACCAUGUUCACUUUAAGGAUUACUAUUCUUAUAAUUAUUAUUCCUCUUAACUAUGAACUUUGUUUUUGUCGAUGUGCUCAUGCUGAAUAUGAGAUAGACGAGCAGUGCUGCCCCAUGUGUGCCCCUGGAAACCAUGUUCUUUGGCACUGCACAGAUCACAUCAGCACAACUUGUACUCAAUGCCCUCCAUUAACUUUCUCUGAUGAACCAAAUGGCCUCAUGAAAUGCUUCCCCUGUACUGCAUGCGAUGCAAACCGAGGUUUAAGAGUGAGUAAAGAAUGCACUCGGUCAUCAGAUACUGUUUGUGAGCCACUGGAAAGAUUCUACUGUAUUGAAAAAAGGAAAGGCAGCUGUGAAUCUGCUGUGAAACACUCUGAAUGCAGCCCUGGGCAAUAUAUCAAACAAGCAGGGACUGGCUCCACAGAUACUGUGUGUGCUGACUGUACAGGGGACACAUAUUCAAAUGGAUCUUUUUCAUCCUGUUUACCACACACAAUAUGUGAUGCAUCGGGACUUCCUGAAACAAAUUCAGGAACAAAAUCAUCUGACAGUGAAUGUGGAAAUUCCCCUCAUGAUUUAGCAACCAUUGCUAUUAGUGUUAUAGUUCUUUUAAUAAUAAUUUUAGUAGGCUUAUACACUAUUAGGCUAUUCAGAAGAAGAAAUAGUAACACUUUAUUUACUCGUAAUAACUAUACAGUAGGCACAAUUACAUGCAACUAACCCUAAACCAAACCCUAAUCCUAACCUUAUAGUAAGUACAUGUAGUUAAUUACUAGCCUAUUACUCAGUACUUAAAUGUAUAAUUACACUGUAACAGGGACACAUUAAAAUAAAGUGUAACCGAACAUUGGCGUAGAACACUAUGAAUAAAACGUAAAUUCGUCCCCCGGACUUUGUGUUCACGUACAGGCCAGUGUGAAUAAAGCUGUAGCAGCAGAAAAAAAGCAGAAAAGUUUUGGCUGAUGAAAUGCGAAGACAAUAAACAACACACGAUUGCGACAAUAUAUGUUUAUGUGUUUUUCAAGCCAUCUCAAGGUAUUUAUUGACAAUAUGAAUAAUGCAGUGCUAAUUGACAGCCUUUUUAAUGUUUUUGAAAGAAGUCUCCAAUGCUCUCCAAGGCUGCAUUUAUUUAAUCAAAAAUACAGUAAAAACAGUAAUAUUGUGAAAUAUUAUUACAAAUUAAAAUUGCUGUUAAUUAAAAUAAUGUAAUUUAUUCCUGUGAUCAAAGCUGAAUUUUCAGCAUCAUUACUCCAGUCUUCAGUGUCACAUGAUCCUUCAUUUCUGAUUAUUAUCAGUGUUGAAAACAAUUGCUUAAAAUUGUUGUGGAAACCAUGAUACAUUUUAUUUUUCAGGAUUACAUUUAAUUUUUAAAUUUAUUAUAGCAUUUAUUAAAUAGAAGUGUUUUGUAACAUUAUAAAUGUCUUCACUGUCACUUUUGAUCAAUUUAAUGCAUGCUUGAUGAAUAAAAGUAUUAAUUUCUCUUUUUUUAAAAAUCUUACCACAAAUGUUUGAAUGGUUAACACAAAAAUAUGAAGUAGAACGUCUGUUUUCAACAUUGAUAAUAAACAGAAAUGUCUUCUGAGCAGCAAAUCAGCAUAUUAGAAUGAUUUCUGAAGGAUCAUGUGACUGAAGACUGGAGUAAUGAUGCUGAAAAUUCAGAUUUGAUCACAGGAAUAAAUUGCAUUUUACAAUGUAUUCAUAUAGAAAACAGCUAUUUAAAUUGUAAUACUAUUUCACAAUAUUUUUUCAAUUUCAAAAGUUUAUUUCUCUUCCUUCUGUUCAUACAGGGAUAUGGAUAUUGAGAGUUUAAAAAAGAAAUAAAACAAAAAACACUUUAACAAAAUAUAUAAGUCAUCUGUGUAAAAAAUGUAAAAAUGUAACAUCUAAUUUAUCUAGUUUUAAUCACAGAAUCAACCUACAUACAUUAAUAUGCGUCACGGUCAUGUUUAGUUUCUUUGUCAUGGUUUUCAUUGUCAUUGCCUGAGUUCAUCAUUAUGGUUCAUUAUGGACAUGUCUCGUUAAUCAUCUAUCCCUAUUAACUAAAUUAAUAACUAAUGAUUUUUACAAUGGAGUGAAUCAGUACUGAACUUACUUAAGCUGGACAAUGACACCAUUUCUUUCUAGAGCUGCUGUGCAGCCAAAAUUAUUUUUCUGUUAUCGCUGUAAAGCUGCUUUGACACAAUCUGCAUUGUAAAAAGCGCUAUAUAAAUAAAGGUGACUUGACUAUUG